UCCCCCCCGAGUUGAACGAAACGAAUACAUACAAAAAAUCAGAAGUUUCUUUCUUCCUUUCCAGACUCUCCUUUCGGUUCCGUGCUCGCUUCGUUUUCCUUCCUCCUCACCUUUAGAAUCUCUUCCUUCUCUCUCACACUGCCCCGCCUCCUCUCCUCUCUAAAUCUCCAUGCGCACGUAGCAGCCUCCCCCUCCCCCUCCCCCUCCCCCUCCAUUCCCUUCCUUUCUCUGUACAUUCUAUUUAUAUAUACGUCCAGCCUCCACACAUACAGCAGAGCCCCAGAAUCACCAUCACCACCACCUCCUCCUCCUCCCUCCUCCCUCCUCUUCCAAUCAAUCGCCCCCCUUGGCCGAUUCUUUUCCGUCCUUUCCCUUUGCACCGCAGAGAUGGAAGCGGCAGUGGCCUCCUCUUCUUCCUCCUCAUCCUCCUUGCUAACCGUAAACAUGACGGUGGCGACUGCCGAUUCUUCCCCUCUGUCCAGGCGCUUCCACCGCUAUGGUCCCAACUUCUGCGCCUCCUCCUCUUGCUCCUCCGUCUCCGCCAGGUUCCCGCCUUCCUGCUGCCUCCGCAAGAGCCCUCCUCCUUCCUCCUUCCUCUCCGGCAAUUACCAACGCUUCUCCCUCCAGGGCUUCGGGAUCGCGACAUCUCCGUCGCGACGACCGAGGCGCAGGUGCUUGCGCGUGUCGGCCGUCUUCGAGCGCUUCACGGAGAGGGCGAUCAAGUCGGUCAUGCUCUCCCAAAGGGAGGCGAGGGACUUGGGCAAGGACAUGGUCUUCACCCAACACCUACUCCUGGGCCUCAUCGCCGAGGACAGGUCUCCGGAAGGCUUCCUGGGAUCCGGGAUCAUGAUCGAGCGGGCGAGAGAGGCCGUCCGAAGUAUCUGGAAGGAUGAUUCAACCAAGGAAGGAACCAGCGGUACGCUCUCCGCCACCGAUGUCCCCUUCUCCAUCAGUACCAAGCGCGUCUUUGAGGCCGCCGUCGAGUAUUCGAGGAGUAUGGGUUACAAUUACAUCUCCCCCGAGCACAUUGCCAUUGGGCUUUUCACCGUGGACGACGGCAGUGCUACCCAAGUUCUGGAGAGGUUGGGGGUAAAAGCAGAUGACUUGGCAUCUGUUGCUGUCUUAAGGCUGCGGGGAGAGCUAGCCAAGGAUGGCAGAGAGCCACCUAAUAUGAUCAAGAAAUUGAAGUCUAAGCCAACUUCUGGCAUGCCCAUUACCGCGAGGAAUACAGAUAAGAAGAAAGAGAAAGGUGUUCUCUCCCAAUUUUGUGUUGACCUUACUGCUAGAGCGAGUGAGAAUUUGAUUGAUCCAGUGAUUGGUCGUGACCAUGAAGUUCAGAGGAUUGUCCAGAUCCUUGGUCGCAGAACUAAAAACAACCCAAUUCUUUUAGGGGAACCAGGAGUAGGGAAAACUGCAAUUGCUGAAGGGUUGGCCCUGCGCAUUGCAAAUGGAGAUGUUCCUACAUUUCUUUGGGAAAAACGUAUAAUGUCCUUGGAUAUAGGCUUGCUGAUGGCAGGUGCGAAGGAGAGGGGAGAGUUGGAGGCACGUAUCACCAGCUUAAUCAGUGAAGUGCAGAAAGAAGGUAACGUUAUCCUAUUUAUUGAUGAAGUUCAUAUACUUGUUGGAUCUGGCACUGUUGGAAAAGGGAGCAAAGGAGCGGGGCUGGACAUGGCUAAUUUAUUGAAACCCGCCCUUGGGAGGGGAGAGUUACAGUGCAUUGCAUCUACAACGUUGGAUGAGCACAGGAAGCAUUUUGAAAAGGAUAAGGCAUUGGCCCGGAGAUUCCAGCCUGUUUUAGUGAACGAACCAAGCCAGGAGGAUGCUGUCAAAAUCUUGCUGGGUAUCCGUGACAAGUAUGAGGCCCAUCACAAGUGUAGAUUCACUGUGGAAGCUAUAAAUGCAGCAGUCUACCUCUCUGCAAGAUACAUUGCAGACAGAUACCUUCCUGAUAAGGCUAUUGACCUCCUUGAUGAAGCUGGAAGCAGAGCCCGCAUGGAUGCAUUUAGAAGACGAAAAGAAAAGCAAACCAGUAUACUUUCAAAAUCACCAAAUGAAUAUUGGCAAGAAAUUAGAGCUGUUCAGACAUUACAGGAAGUGGUUUUGUCGAAUAAAAUUAAGUAUUCAAUUGAAGGGGAUGCCUCAAAGUAUGAGAAUGCUGCACCUACUGAGACAGAAGGCAAUGAUAAAGUUGUUCCAGAAUCCUGUCUGGAUUCUGAUGAGGCCGAGCCCGUAGUGGUUGGUCCUAAUGAAAUAGCUGCAGUUGCUUCCUUGUGGUCGGGGAUCCCAGUUCAGCAGUUGACGGCUGAUGAAAGGUUGCUUCUCAUUGGGCUUGAGGAACAACUUCGUGAACGUGUAAUUGGUCAGGACGAUGCUGUCAGUGCCAUCUCACGUGCUGUGAAAAGAUCACGCACAGGCUUAAAGGAUCCUGAUAGACCUACUGCAGCUAUGCUCUUUUGUGGUCCAACUGGAGUUGGCAAAACCGAACUCACCAAGGCUUUAGCUGCAUCAUAUUUUGGAUCAGAGGAUGCAAUGAUAAGACUGGACAUGAGUGAAUACAUGGAGCGCCAUACAGUAAGCAAGCUGAUUGGUUCACCCCCGGGAUAUGUGGGAUUUGGUGAAGGUGGCACCUUGACAGAAGCUGUUAGAAGACGGCCGUUCACUCUGAUAUUGCUUGAUGAGAUUGAAAAAGCUCAUCCAGAUAUAUUCAAUAUUCUGUUGCAAGUGUUUGAGGAUGGUCAUCUGACUGACUCUCAGGGCCGUGGAGUUUCAUUUAAGAACACAUUAAUUAUCAUGACAUCCAAUAUCGGUUCCACAGCCAUUGCGAAAGGUGGGCGCAGCAACUUUGGUUUCAUGAUUGCAGAGGACAAUGAUUCUUCAUAUUCUGCUAUUAAGGCCCUGGUUAUGGAGGAGUUAAAAGCAUAUUUUCGGCCAGAGUUACUCAACAGGAUAGAUGAAGUGGUUGUUUUUCGUUCUCUUGAGAAGGCACAGAUGCUUCAGAUUCUUGAUUUGAUGUUGCGAGAGGUUAGAAGCAGGCUAUCGGCCCUGGGGAUUAGCCUGGAGGUCUCCGAUGCAGCCAUGAACCUUAUAUGCGAACAGGGUUAUGACCGAAGCUACGGUGCCCGGCCUUUAAGAAGAGCCGUAACUCUUUUGGUUGAAGAUGUGAUAAGCGAUGCACUCCUUGCAGGAGAUUUUCAGGCAGGUGAUACUAUUGUUAUAGAUGUUGAUGCCACAGGAAACCCGUUUGUCAAAGGCGACUGGGACCACAAGGCCUUAAAUCAUCUUGCAGCGGCUUGUAACCUACAACAAUUAUAAUUUAUAAUUCAAGAUGGGGGACGGAGAUUCUUUACUGGUA